AACACGCUUAAAUAACAAUUAUAAUUAAGCGAAAGUCGGCAAUCGGCAGCCUACGGGCCUACGCUAGCCAAGUCGAGCCCAGUUAAUAAGAAAUGGCGGCGUGCGCAGCAGGCAUGCAGUGUGUUGGCACAUGUUUACCGUGUUCACUGUUUUUACACUGGUGACGUGGUGACGUGUUUUCGCGUUCAACAGGCAAAAUGUGCUCAAAUUCCUGCGAUUGCGAAGACCUCAACGAGUCCGAGCUAGCACUGAACGCUGACGCGGACACGAGCAGCAGCGACAACACAUGCAAGACGUGCGGAGACACGGCUCACCUGUUACUCCGCAAGAAGGAUGCGUACUGCAAAACGUGCUUCGUCGCCAACUGCACUCACAAGUUUCGUGCUACACUCGGCAAAUCCAAGUUGUUGAAGCCGCGCGACAAAGUCCUGGUAGCUUUUUCAGGCGGACCUUCGUCGGCUGCCAUGUUGCGGCUUCUCCGCGACGGUUUCUCAGAAGACGCGCACAAAAAGCUGCUCUUCGAUCCGAGUCUAGUCUACGUCGACGACGAUUCCUCGGUGCUGGGACACACAGGGGACGACGUGACCGAUCUCAUGAAGGAGUCGGGUUUCCCGUACUACACUUACCAUCUCGACUCCUUGUACUCUACGGAACGCCUCAAGCUCGAGUCGUCGACUCGUCACGCGGAGGUCGAUGAUGGCGAAGGCGCCGCGAGGACCGCAUUCGCAACGGCGUGUGAAUCGUUCAAAGCGUUGACGGAUCGCGAGUCUUUCUACAGACUGUGCCUGCGUCGUCUACUUCUCAGGCUCGCCAGAGACAACGGUUUCGUCAAGGUAUUCACCGCCGAAACGGGCACUUUGCUGGCUGCCACCCUUCUCUCGACUAUCGCCCUUGGUCGGGGCGCGCAGCUGAGGGAAGAAGCGGGUUUUCUCGACGACCGCGACCCUGAGGUCCUCUUUCUGCGUCCGAUGCGCGAGUUCAGCAGCAAGGAAGUCGAGCUUUUCAACCAGCACUGCAACGUGCGGUUUCGCGCACAGACGGCGCCCCGUGCGGGUUGCGAAUCUCGCGCCAGCGUCUUUAGGCUUACGAGAGAGUUCGUGAACGGUCUGCAAGAGAACUUUCCGGCGACAGUGUCCACGGUUUGGCGCACGGGCGACAAGAUAGAGUCCCGACCUCGCGCCCGAGCCCUAGCGGCAGGACCGAGUUCAUCGUCGCGUUGUUGUAUGUGCGGUUCGCCGCUUGACACUGUUGACGUCGAGCCGUGCUCGGCCGUAGCGGCGCUACAACUGACGCGUGACGUUUCGAGACUGAGGGUGGCGGAAGACGCAGAAUCUACAACGUCCGAUGUGACCGACACUCAUGACGUUUCGUCAUCGAACUUUUGCUACGCCUGCCAGGCGCUCGUCAGGCAGGGCGAUACGAGCUCGCUGUCAGUGUUGUGCGACGUUGUCGGGACUGGUAGUAAUAGUUAACUUGUUGGCUUGAGGUUAGAGCGCGCUUAUCUGUGAACUUCGUGUCACAUGACUGCCGACAUCUAAGCUUUCAAGUUAGUUGGACCUCUGAAGGCUAAUUGUGCCUUCUUUGCAAUUUGCGAUUGUCAGAAACAGGUGUGUUACCCGUUUUCACCAGGCUGUGAUUCGCAUCUGCAGAAGUACGAUUUACGAGCCUUUAUGAGCAUUGAAAACACAAGCAGUUAUGGACUGCCGGCUAAUAAAGUUAUGCUUGAUGUGA